AUGAAUGCAGGGUCCAAUUCAAGAGACCGUCUGCCUUCUGCGCUGGCAUUUCAGUCAAGUUUUGUUGUCUCUGGCUUUGGAUCACGCAUAGAAUUAAGAACGUACGGUGCUUUUGUGUCUGCAACCUCGGCCAAGAGGCCUCGUUCAUCCUCUUUUUCCCAUCGAUAUGCGCUCCCGCGAAUGGUACCACGUGCCUGCAUUCCUAGAAAUGGGGAUGACGUCAUCGAAUCACAGAAUCUCUCAGCUCAAAGUGCUGGAGAAGACCUCUCAAAGGCACCUCCCACAAACGGCAAUACGGAGGCAAGCCCUGCCGAAAACGGAAUUGGGGAGACAAUCCAGUCCACUGAUGUAGUCGAUACCAAAAACACAGUCAUGAAUGUUGAGGAAGGAGGACAGAAGCCCAACGACUCACCGAAGGAUCAAAAGGUUAACACGGAGGAAACAGAAAAAAGUGCCGUGGGCAUUGCGGGCUUCUUCGUCUGGGCCUGGACUGCGUUUAAAAGGGCUCUAGCGCCUGGAGGGUUCGUAUGGGGUUUGGUCACAGGAGUAGCGAUUAGUGCGGUCGUCCUUUUCUCUUUAGCUGGCUACGGGCCACGUGAUUCCCUCUUGAGAGAAAAGGUCGCUCUUUUCGACCUUAUUCUUCAAGACAUCAAUUCGUCAUACGUUGACAAGGUCGAUAUUAACAAACUCUUUGAGACAGGCGUCAAUUCCAUGCUCGGAACUCUGGACCCAUACACACAGUUUGAGAACAAUGCUCAAGCCGUGGAAAUGUCUGUCAAGACAAACGGGAGGUACGCAGGGGUUGGCCUUGGAAUUUCUCUGGGAGAUGCAGAGUCCGGUGAAAAGAACCGACCCAUAAUUGUGGUCUCGGCAUUUGAGGGAUACGCUUUUGACGCUGGUAUUCGGCCUGGGGACGUCAUUGAGGCCGUUGCCGGAAAUCCCGUGGACGGCAACUCACUAGAAAGGGUGACUGACAUGCUUCGAGGUGAGCCGGGAACCGCCGUAGAUCUAACUGUGAAGCGUGAGGGUUCAUCUCAACCAUUGACAUUCACACUGGCCAGGAAAAACGUCCACAUCAAAGAUGUGCCAGUUUCAACCUUUGUAGGUAACCCCAAGGAUAGGAUUGGCUAUAUUCGGUUGCAGUCGUUUGCAAAGGACGCGGGGGCAGAAGUACAGGAAGCCGUAGAGAAGCUCAUGGGAUCUGCGGACAGCAACAUGCCGGGCAGUGGACUGCGCGGACUCGUUUUAGAUUUGCGUGGAAAUCCAGGGGGGCUCUUGAAUGCGGCCAUUGAUGUUUCGGAAAUUUUUGUCCCGAAGGGCGCGACAAUCGUGUCGACAAAGGGCCGUGGACUGGGAAGUGGGCCGACAUUUGUAUCUGCGAAGGAUCCUCUCUUACCUCCCGACGUGCCGCUAGCAGUUCUAGUUAACGGCCAAACGGCAUCCGCUUCUGAAAUUGUUGCCGGUGCGGUUCAAGAUCUCGAUACUGGUGUAGUAGUCGGUUCUAAGACAUUUGGCAAGGGCCUUGUCCAAAAUGUCCAGGAGCUGCCAUUUAAAACGGCCCUGAAGUACACUGUCGGAAAGUACUACACGCCGAGUGGGCGAUGCAUCCAGGCUCUGAACUACGAACAGUCAAAUGGUGAUGGGCCAGUCGAGAUCACCGAAGUGCAAGAAAAUCAAAGACAGGAGUUUAAGACUCGGCAAGGGCGAAGCGUACGUGAUGGAGGAGGAAUCGAGCCUGACGUUGAGGUUCAAAGUCGGCCUACCUUUCUGGAACUUGCUUUGCACCGACAAAACAUGUAUUUCCGCUUUGCGAACAAAUAUGGUGCUGAAUUGAAGCUACCUUCCCUUCCGGGAAGCUUCGAAGUCACAGACAGCAUCUAUCGUGAUUUUGUGAAGUUUGUCAGCACCAGCGAGUUCAAGUACGAAUCAAAGUUCGACGAAGCUUUCUCAGAACUUGACAACAUGUACUCAGACGUUGGCUAUGAAACAGCGCGAAGCAAAGUUGGAGACCUGAAGCGAGCGACUCAAAUGGACAUGAAGUCGGAUUUUAUUCGACAUGAGAAAGAGAUUCGUGUUCAGAUUGACUCAGCCAUUCGAUACCGCUUUCAACCAGAUUCGGAAAGAAUAAUCGCGGAAUUGAGAAACGAUGAUCAGCUCGCAGAGGCACUCCGUGUUCUGAAAGAUCCCAUCGAAUACCAGGACUUAUUGCGAGCCAAACCAGUUGCUGUCACAACGCUUGCUCAAGCGGGCACUGAAGCCAAAGAAGUAAAACAGCAAUAGGAAGAAAUUGCUGUCAUGUGUCGUUGGUGUAACUCUUCAGCGUGGCCGUGCAGCCUUUCCCGAAACAGCGCGCAUUGUGAAUACCCAGCCACGGUUGGCAAGCCCAGAUGAAGACAUCUCUCCGGCAGAGACCGCCUGGCUAUAGUCCGUAGUACGCAAUGUGAAUGAGGAUUGUGUUUCCUAGGGGAACCAUCUGCUGCAUUCAAUGGACGACGUCACCGAACAUCUACCAGAUUUAACCAUCUGAACGGUGUUCAAAUGCCAGGAAGUGCUAGCUUUGCGUAGCAGUAGCGAGACCUCGAGCAUAGUUUUGAUAGUCUGGGUACAUUCACUGUGAUGUGCUGUACGUGCCUUUGCACGCUGAUUCAUUGUACAGGCUCAUAACAUAAAAUACAAUUAUCCUCUCAA